AUGACUGACACAGGAGCAGCCGCAGCGAAGCCGGCAGAUGAUGGAAACGAGCGAUCGGUCAUGACCAAGAUUGGUAGGUGCUCUGACUUUGGUCGGGAGGACCAUGGGUGGAAGUUCACCUUGGAGGGUCUGGAAAAUCCCCCCUCCCUGAAGGAGAGCGGCAGGAUUGGGACGCUGAACAUCCCUUGCGCUACGACGGAAGUGUAA